AUGGGAAAGCAAAACCGUGGCGUAGGACAGAGACUCGAAGAGGAGCCCGCAGAAGAGGGAGCAGGUAGUCAAGCCAAAAAGUUGACGGGACGCAAAGAGUUCUGCUGCACCCUCUGUGAUAGCAUCCAGAAGAAGAGUUUGGACCUGCACUCCCGUCGUCAUCACACAGGAGAGUCAUUCCCCUGUCACCUGUGUCAGUACUGUACCCCAGACCGCCAGCUACUGCUGAGACAUAUGCAUCUGGAAAGUUUGACACUUGCUGACCAGUACGUUCGAGACUGCUGGGUGAUUGGUCUCGACCGUUUGAUUGUUGGUCAGCGAGGCGAGGAAGAUGAUUUUUUUGAGGUCAGGACCGAAUGGUCAGACGGAAGUAUUGUACAUUUACGUCGCAACUAUUCCGAUCUGGUGAGACUUGUGAAAAAACUGAGGGAUUCAUUCCCAGAGGAAAGAGAGAAUUCAACGCAGUCCAUGCUAUUGGAAGUACUACAGAAGAUAAAAGAAGCAGAGCACAACAGUGAUUUAGAGGCCAGGCUGGACGAGGUGGAAAAAUUACUUAGAAAUACAAUCCGUAUGCCACCUAAGUAUUCUCAGUCAGCGCCCGUGUUCACGUUUUUUGAGGCAUGCCCACUUGACCAAGUUAUGAGAACUAGUUAUAACCCAGUCCAGCCUUCAUACCAGAGUCCAGUUACUAUCGCAGAGAUCAGACGGUCAAAUGGGUUUUGCCUGGCCAACACUGAGACCAUAGUUUAUGAUGCGAGUUUUAAUGACGACUCUGUGAGAACGUAUCCCAAACCCUCUACAAAACAGGGGUAUGAAAAGGAAAGCCUGAAUGACAAGGCGGUCAGAAGCGUGAACGGAAUCAAGUCCAGUAAUGGAGCCAAGCAUCUCAAUAGUGCCACUGAAAAGUUUAAAGCAAAGGAGUCCCCAGACAGCAUCGAUUACCUACAAAGCUAUAUCAAUAACUUGACGUACCUCCAAUUUGAAACCUAUGAAACAGACAUCUUGGAAUGA